CCAUUUCUCACUCCCCAAGUGAUCUGUUACUCGUGGCUGAUUUGGAAGUAAAAAUAGCAGCUGAGGCUGUUUGUUUAAUCUGACUGUUACUUGACACCACGCGGGUGUUGCAGUGCGGACUGUUUGCCUCUUCCCCACCAAGAACACCAUUUGGUUUCCCCCGGCUGGGUCUCUAUUUAGAUGGGCAGUGAUGACACCAAAUAUAAGCAUAAAAAGACGUUUUAAAACUACAGAUCCUGAAACCCAGCACGGCAGACACCUGCAGCUUCCAGUGCUGUAACAGAGAAAAAAAAAAAAAUCCCCACUUUGCAAUUGCAUCUGGUCAAUGAGAGGCUCUAGUUUUGGGGAAGAGGGAAACACCUAACCUUGACAGAAUCAUCACCAGAGACACCUGCUGGCUGACAAGGACAGCUUUCUUGGAGCCAACAGAUGAUGCAGGGAAAUAAGAAGUGCACAGACGCGUUCAGCGACUCCUCCAGCAUCGGCAGUGUGUUGGAUGAUGCAGACAGGGAGGUGAGCAGCCUAACAGACCGGGCAUUCCGGAGCUUGUGCAUCUCCGAGGACACAUCCUUCCAUGACUCCUAUCUGGCUGUGUCCCCGGAUAUCACCCGACAGGUGUUUGGGACUUUUCACCAGAGAACAGUGGGCCACACCCAGAGGAAAAGUGGCAUUUGGAGCCAGUUACCGUCACAGGGCACGGAACAUUCGGGCUGGGCGGCCACCUUCCAACAGCUACCCAAGUACGUUCAGGGAGAGGAAAAGUACCCCAAAACCAGCCCCCCACCAACGCCAGUCCAGAGGAGACUGGAGGUGCCAGUUUCCGGCCUAAGGAGCAGCAACAAGCCUGUCUCCAAAGUAUCAACACUAAUUAAAUCUUUCGACAGGACCGAGAGCCAACGUUGUGAGAGCAGGCCCACUGCCAGCAAGCCUCCAGCUCUGAAAAAUCCUCCCAAAUUCGCUCCUCUUCCAGAAAACAGUGUCAACUUCUGCUUCGAUUCUGCCUUUCUGACAGUCAGGAGGGUGCCCGCUGAAGUUUCCAACACCCAUCAGAACAGCUACCAGCCAGGCAGGAAGCACGGAGAACAGGAGUCCUCCAAGAAUCCAGAAAUGGCCUGUCAUGGCUCCAGCAGCUUCCUCCCAGCAGCCAAUGACACGGCCACCUUAUCUGAGUCAAAGUUCCCCUCUCCACACCACAAGCCAGUCACGGGUGAGCCUGGGAGAGGCAAAGGUACCUUUCUGCACAGUGAAAAUAGUGCUUUUGAGUCAUGGAAUGCCCACCAACCAAAGCUGCUGGAGAGAAAGGAGACAGCUGGAACCGUCCCAGAAAGCAAAGCUCCCAAGCACUAUGGGGACACGACCUUGCUAAGAGAACCCUGUCCUCCUGAGUGCACAGUCUCUCCCUGCCAGGUCCAGGCCAGCUGCAGUCAGGAAGAGAACAGACUUGCAGCAGGGGCUCUGUCCACAUCUGUACCCUGGGGGUGCAGGGAUCCAGGAGCCCAGGUAUUUGCUGUGGAAGGAAAAGCUCCCAGCUCACAGCCUGAUUCUCAAGAGAAGCCAGCCCAGCCCCCAUGGAGGAAGCCAAAGACUGGCAAAAAAGGGAAAGAAAGUCUACAGGAUACUUCAGAAGAAAAGACACAGACCAACAGGAGAGGCCCACCUUUGUAUACAAAACACAACCCCCAGGAACAGUUUUCAGAAAACAAUGCUCUUGACCUGCCUGUGGAACCCAAUGAACAUUAUGAUCCCCCCUUUAACAUCAGUAAGCUCCUGACCCCCAUCAUACCCAGCAAGCACGCCCUGGAUUCAGCAGACAGCCAGCCGGCAGAGCGAACCCCAUCACCCCCAGGACAGCUAAAUGGAUACCAAGAGAAGGAGCCCAGUGAAUGUCAGUCUCGAGACAGCUACAAGUCCAAAGCCCCUAGCCUGCUGUUCAACCUCAAGGACGUGCGGAAGCGUGUUAAGAGCACAUACAGUUCCUCACCUCUCUUGAAAGUGCUUGAUGAGAAAACUAGAGCUAAUGUUGAUGGAAAGCAAGAACCUGUGAGCAACGGUGUCAUCCUCCCCAAUGGGCUUGAGGAAAGCCCUCCAAAUGAGCUUUCUAAGGGGAGACCCGCUGAUGACCCCACUGCAUCACACAUCAAUCCCCAGAAGGACCCUACAGCUGACCCCAGUGAGCCCUCUGCAGAGAGCUAUCUAACUCUUAGCACAGCUCUGACUAUCGCCAAAGCCCCCUUCUAUGUCAAUGGGGAGGCUGCUGAGAGAAGCAGUUAUGAGAACAAGGAGGUGGAAGGAGAGUUGGAGAUGGGUCCUGCCGGAUCCGGCUGGUGUCCAGACUCCAGGGAACACCGCCCCAGGAAACACCUCUCCCUGAGGCUUUGCAAUAGGGAUCCUGAGCCUGGAGGGGCUACAGAGAAAAUGAAGACCCACCAGCUAGAGAAUGGGCUCUCCAGAUCUGUGUCCCAAGAGACAGAACCUGAGAGGGAAGCAGGACUUCAAAACACACAUUUGAACCAGAAAUUCUCCCCAGGGCCCCUCUCUCCUGAGGAGGAAGAUGUGUUUUACAGUGACAGCCAAUCCGAUUUUAUGCCAAGCCUCAAAGGUAAGGCCAAAUUCAGCACCAGCUCUUCAGAUCAAUCCUUUGCCUCAUUUGAUGAUCAGCAGAAGAUGUGGUUUACUGAGAACCAGCGGGAAGACAGGAGGAAGGAUGUGAGUGCAGGUGACAGUCAGAAGGAUGAGAAGGAGAACGUGAUGGGGAAGGAUGAGCCGCAGUACUGUGCCUUAAGCAAUGGGCACGCAUGCCUGGAAGACCGCAGCCAGGGGGAAGCAUUGCAAAGAGAAAGGGAAAGUGUGUCUGGAGGAAGAACCAGGAAGGCAUCGGCAGAGGAAGCUAAUUUCAGAGGCUCUUCGAUUGGGGAAAAUAAGGGCACGACCUUUUCACAGGCCAAAGACCUUACUCCCUCACCAUCUUCUGCUUCAAACAGGCACAUGCUGUUUACGAUUAAAGACAACACCCUCAGAGCUACCCCUGUAAUUAAACCUAUCAUGCUGCCUCUCCUGAGGACCAUGUCCUUGGAGGACUCCCUCAGCAGUGGCCACAAAGAGGAGGAAUUGCCAAGGCCAGAAUGGGGUGAGGAUCCUGGGUUUUGUGCCCCCGAAAACCAGGACAUUCUUGGUACAUCGACACCCACUAACACACGGGGCACACGUGUGAAGUGCAUGGCCAACGAGGUCAUGGAGGACCCUGGGCAGGGGUCGAGCAUGGCCAGGAUGGAGGCCUCUCAGCCAGCCCCAAAGGGGAAUUUCCCAUCUAUGCCUCUGGUGAGAGAGGGGGACAGGGUGAAGCCACCACCAGAUGCUGCACCUGGCCUUGUGGCAAGCAAUUGCAAGAGCGGUUCUGCAGACCCAGGGAAGCUGGCAGCCCCAUGGCACAUCCCCACCAUUGCUUUACCCGAGGGCGACAUAGAAGACCAGCCACCCCCAUGGCAGCCCGAAACCUGUUGGGAAGAGCAAACACCAGGUUUCAAGAGUCACUUUUUGUCCACACCCAGAGCAGGGCCCCCUGGCAGAAGACUGGUCCCCAGUGAGAGGGCGAAUUCCCCCAACCCCGGCUCCCCGGGGGAGAGCAGUGCCUGCUCCCCUGCUGCCAGCAACAUUUGGGAGGAGUCUUCCCAGGCCCCCGGAGGACCAGAGCUGCUUCCCGAGGAGCCCAAUCAAGCCAGCCCCUGGGCCAGCUCCAGUCCUGCCAGGGUCACCCGGAGGGAGGACCUGACCCACGCCCUCGUGUGGGAGGGCGGCUCUGACCCCCUACUUGAGCUGUCGGCAGAAGACCUCCGGACCCUCUCUCCAAGAGGUUCAUUGCUGGAUGUGGCCACCAGCCCAGCAGGCACCCCUGGGAGACUUGAGCUUCCUGCACAGCUAGAGAGGACAGCAAGCAAGCCACCUGCAGUCCCACCCAAAACAGAGAAAGCCCUGCGGCGGGCAAAGAAGCUGGCAAGUAAGAGGAGGAAGACGGAUCAGGGUCAGGAGAAGCAUGGCGAGUCACAGGAGGGAAAGCCCUGCCCGGAGGACUUGGAGCAGACACAGCAAAGGCCGCUGUGCCCCAGAGAGAGGCCCCGACACGAUUUCCCCGUGGUCCGUUCCCUGCCCCCUCCCGUGCACCGCCACUCCGUGUCCGGCUUCUCGGAGCCUGUCGGGAGGCGGCCCGGGGGCCCCCAGUCCCUCACACCCCUGCCCGCGUACCCCGCCACCCAGAAGGUCCUCCAGGAUCCGCAGUCCGGGGAGUACUUUGUCUUCGACUUGCCACUCCAGGUGAAAAUCAAGACCUUCUAUGACCCAGAGACGGGCAAGUAUGUCAAGGUCUCCAUCCCGUCCUCCGAGGGGGCCUCCCCAGAGCCGCCCCCACCGGACGCCCUGGCCGCUCCCUAUGUGCUGUACCCCGGCUUCCAGCCAGUGCCCGUGACGGCCUUGAUGCCGCUGCGCUGCUCCUCUCAGCUCUCCGCGCCCACCUUCCUCAGGCAGGGCCCUCGUGCCUCCGCGGCCCGCGCCAGGCCCCAGAGUGUCCACGAGUCUGGACUACAGCUGGACCCAGGGCCUCACGGUGACUGCACCCCGCACUCUGCAGGCCAGCGCCCUCAUGGUCCUCCCCAGAGCCCAGGAGAGGAGGGUGCAGAAGCUCCAGGCCUGGGCAUCAUCUCCACUGACGACCUAGAGGACUUUGCCACAGAAGGCAUUUCUUGAGUUACUGCAGGCUGUCCCCCACCCCCAGAUGAACCCAGAGGAGCUUACUUCCCCCUCCCCCAAAACAAGCGACACACACCCACACACACACACAUACACACCCACACACACACACACACACACAUGAUCGUCAACACACACUUAGCCUUUUUAGAUCCAUAAAGUCCAGAAGGCAGUAGGGAUCCCAAGACGACCUCACCCAAAGGGCUCCCUGGCUCUCCUCUGAUGGAGGGGCGCUGCUUGCUUGGCCCGGUCCCCUCCGUGCCAGUUCCCAGGUGCACUCUACUCCAGCCCUUCUCCCUCCCUCCCUUCCUCCCUCUCCUGGCCCGCCCUGCUCUUCCCUGGCCCUGCAAAUUAGGUGGGUGUGGCAAGGGCACCGCCUGGUCCCAAGGGUCCCUCUGUAACCACACCCACCCACUCACUUGUAGGCUCCUUGAUGAGCAAACCCCUGAGGCCCCCAGCUCAGACUCAGCAGGCAUUCAGGUCAACUCAGGCAGACUGGCUAAGGACCAGCCCAGGGCAAUUUUGCAGAAAUGAUCAUUUGCAUAGAAUGGGUUUCCUUCACAGGGAGAAACUUGCCUCUGAAAGCUAUUUUCUGAUCAAGAAAAGGCCCACUUUUUAAAAAGUGAAACAAGUUUGCAGAUACGGUUCUCUUCCUGGACUCCUGUCUUCCUUCUGCGGGCAGUAGGGGUCAGGGCUAACAGAGCCACCUCCCUGUCUACCACAGUCUGAGUCUGGCAUCCCACCUUGUCCCUUCAACACCUGUCCAUGCCUUCGCAGGGCCAGGCCUUCCAGUGGGUCCUGACUGCCCUGAUUUAGUAACCAGUACCUGUGCCCUCCACUCAAAAAGAAAGUGUGUUCACACCCUCACCCCCCAUCAGUUCCUGACCUUUGGGGAUUUGGAGGGAAGUGCUGGGAUUAACUGAAGAGUUUGAGAGUUUUACCUAAUGAAACGGGUCCACUGGCCCAACACAGUAAAGCCAAAAUCCACACUGAGGUUUGCAGUGGGAGAAAGGAGGGUGUUUAUUUGCAGGGCACCAAGCAAGGGGAAUCAGGCAGCUCACGCUUAAAACCCGACCUCCCCCGUGGCUUGCAAGCAUGGAUUUUUAAUGGCAAGGGAAAUGUUCAGGAAAGCCAAAGUUACAGGUGAAAUUGUAAAUCAACACAUGGAGGGUACACAUUGGUUUGGCCUAAAAAGGCAGGAUAUCUUGAACCAGGGACUUACGGGUCAUAGGGUGGAGUCAAACAUUUUCUGAAUUGCAAAUUGGUUACGGAAGAGAAACUUUGUUUUGAAAUUUGGGUUAGCAGAAAGGAAUGUUAGCUCUCGCUUGUGGGUGGGACUUCCCCCAGGCCCCCCAGGAAGAAGUUUGGAACAAAGAGCCUUGCUCAGAGUUCAGUCCUCAGCUCCCUCUUCUCUGAGGUCUCUGUGCCAGUGGAUGCAUUUGGUGGGGGUCUGGGUUUCUGAAAAACAACUCGGAGUCAGAAGUUGAGAUGUUCUUUUUAAUUUCCAGAGGGAACAAAACACCCCAGGACUCUGGCUUCCUUAGCUGUUGUUUUAGGUUACUAUUACCUUCCUGCUUAUCAAGUUGCUCAUUGGCUUCUCAGGGCUAGCUAGGUGCCUGGAAUUUCCCUUGAAGGAAACCAAGAUUUUCCUGUAUUUCCAUGGUUGGGGAGGGGUCCCUGCUCGAUCUUCAGAGCAGGUGCCCUCUCGCAGGCAGCCGGCUAGGAAGGAAACCAGCACCCAGGGUAUUGAUAGGUUUCCAUGCCACGGCUUCUACAGAAGCCUCUUAAUUCUUGUUCUACUGGAAACACAGGGCAAAAUUUGCCUCCCUCUUUGUUUAGAAACCUCAGCUGCUGCCAGGACUAUGCUGCCCAGGGCCCAGGGGACCAUGCAAGAUGCAUCGUCCUUGUCCUGUUGGCAAAGGCGCCAUUUCCACACUGGGAGGAUGGGGAGGCAUUCAGUAAACCAAGUCCCAGACUCACACAAAUACAGGGGCUUUGAUUUGGAUUCAAGAUUUUAUACCUUUUUGUUUUCCCAACAAGUGCAGCCACACCUGAUUUUCAUUGUGAAAAUACCACACAAUGCCCCCUCCUUUCCCCCCAACCAAUGCCCUUCAGUUUGGCCACACCCGUUGCCAGCCACGCAACCAGCCAGGAGUGCAAGCAGAUCACUAUCCCAAAAUCUGGUUCCCAGGAGUCGCUCACUGGGUGCAAGCGACAAGAACAAAGCUGCAUUUUGGCCUGCCUCCAAAUCACCUCAAGCAUCCUCUCCACUUUGUUUUCAUCUCACUAAAACAUGAGAAGGAAUAUCUCAUUUUGCAAUUCUCAGGGCCCAAGGAAAAGAAUUGUCUAACGAAGGAAGAGUCCAUCUGUUCAAUAAGAACCACGGUUAUAGUAACUAUGUCCCCACAGGAGAAAAUAUUACUUUGGGGAACUUAUUUUGGGGAAGUGGUCUUCUUCCUUAGAACCAAUAUUGGCAAGGCUGUGGGUAGAACUAAACACAUAAAGACUUGCUCCCAGCAAGUCAGCUAGAAGGACGCCUCACUCCCUUACAGCAAUGGGCCUGUCUUCCUGAAGCACAUAAUGCCUCCAGGGAACACAAGCAGAGAGUCUCCAUCCAGUGAAGCCCAACUCACUAGCCAGUGAUGUUUUCCUCUUUCCAUUUGCUCCUGAGGGAGGUCGUGUAUGCCUUCUUCCUUCCUCACUCCCUCCUUCUUUCUCCCUUCCUUGUUUCCCUCCCUCUCUCCUUCUCUCUCUUCCUUUCUUCUUUCCUCCCUCCCUUUUACAAACAUUUGCACUGUGCCAGGCACUUUGAUGGGCGCUGAUGGUACCAUGACAAUAAGAUCUGGUCUCUGCACUCAAGGAGUUAAAAUCUAACAGAGAAGAAAGAUAAUUACAAUCCCACAUGUUAUGUAAUUUAAUAGGUUGCUCUGAGGAACACCUAACUUGCUCUGGCUUCAGGGGUUGGCACCUGAGCCAAGUCAAGAAACACAAAGCUGUCCAUUAAUUUAUGAAAAAAUUCAGAAUUUCCCCAGCUUUAAUCUAUCAAAGAUGACAUUGAUUAAAUACUAAUAGAUUUGUCUUGCCAUAUCAAAGCAUAUUAAUUUAGCUAACUGUUCAUCAGCAUUUCUAAUCAGCACAAAAGCUGAACCAGUGUAGCCUCACAGGAUAGACCUUGGUUGAUACGUCCUUCAGCUUCUGAAUUGAUAUUUCACUCACAGAGGUUGCCCAGCAAAACCACUAUUUCUGCCAUUGUGUUUAGUAGGACAGUGGUGAGAUUUAUGAGAACAUGUUGUUUGUGGAAAUUACAGAUGUUGUCUGCAUCUUCUGUGUAGUACCCUGGCCCUUUUCUAUGAGUAUGACCCCUCUAAAUGUCUCCUGGGGAGAGGACAUGGAGGUGGAGCACCUCCAGGAAACAGUUGAAGGUCCCGGGUUGUUCAACUAAACAUGACCAAGGGCGCACAUUGUCAAGCAUGUACCAUGCGCUGGCCCAUGAGUGGGGAGCUUGAGCCUGGACUUGGUCCUCCCAGCAAACCCUUGAGAGAGGCCCUCAUUAGCCUCAUUUUACUGUAAAGGAAACAAAGGUGCCAGGAUGGGAUGUAACUGCCCACGGUCACAGAGCCACUAAGUGAGGGGCCAUGCCAGGGUCUUGGGCCCCUCUUACUUCUAGGUGGACUCUUUAAUACUCAACCAGUACUUCGUAAGUGCGGUCCCUGGAGCAGCAGCCUCCACAUCACCAGGGGCUUGUGAGAAGUCCAGAAUCCCUAUCUCCAUCUUCACAAGCUUCCCUGGGUGGUUGAUCCAUUUGUGCAUUGAAUUCUAAGUGCUGUCAGUCUCUGCUUAGCCUGUAUAAAUUUUGGGGAGGUGCAUUGGAUGUCUUCAUGUCUCCACAGCAAUGUCUUGUGCAAAGGAAGAGAGCAGCACAUCUAGGUGGGGGAGUUGCAGGGAGAUGAUUGACACUCAAUGUGAGAAAGGCAUCUCUGAGGACGAGCAUCAUCUUUUUUUUUUUAAUUUGAGACAGAGUCUCACUCUGUUGCCCAGGCUGGAGUGCAGUGGCUCGAUCUCAGCUCACUGCAACCUCUGCCUCCCAGAUUCAAGCAAUUCUGCUGCCUCAGCUUCCUGAGUAGUUGAGAUUACAAGUGCGUACUACCGCACCUGGCUAAUUUUUGUAUUUUUAGUAGUGACGAGGUUUUGCCAUGUUGCCAGGCUGGUCUCGAACUCCUGACCUCAAGUGAUCCACCCACACUGGCCACCCUAAGUGCUGGGAGUACAGGCGUGAGCCACGACAUCCAGCCACUAGGAUCGUCUUGACAUUAUGUCAACUGCUAGGGAUAACUGACCUCCCUGCCACUGGAAAUGUACAAUGGAAGCUGAUGACGCCUUUCCUAAGACAAGGAUGGACUCAGGUAUCAGAAGGGACCUAACUAUCUUUUGGGACCCCAGGCUACUUUUGGGGCCCCAGUAUGCCACCGGCAAGGAUGCAAGGUCUCAACAAGGGGUGGCCAUAGGCACACGAUGGAAAACAUUUGCAUACAAAAGGGGAGCUCUGUGGCAAAACCUGAACUCUGUGCAUGUAGGAAACAUUUUGGCCUAGAUACACCAUGAAGUUGAACACACCUGUUUGUACAGGUCUUCCAAAUCAUUCAGAUGUGAAGUCCAAAGUGAGUGGAGCAAACUCGGAGCCACAUCCUUGAGCUUGUCACCACCAGAGUCUUGUUUAGGCUUCCUCAGUGUCACCUCACAGAGCCGCCUGAGCAGAGGGCUCUUCCCUUCCACCAGGUGGAUGGGUGGGCUCCUCCCUUAGCUGCUGGCUUCUAGCAGAAUGCUCCAGCCUGCCUGGGCCUCAGAAUCAUCUGUGCACUUGUUAACACUUGUUAUUCAUCCCAGCCCUAUUUCCAAUUCACCUCAUCAGAUUCUCCAAGUGUGGGAAAGAGUCAAUGCAGAGGUGCAAAUUCCCGGGAAUUUCUGGUUAAACCAGUCUCACAAAUGCCACUCCGGAGCACAGUUCCACAUCUGGGCCCCACAUACUGGCCAGGAGCUGCCAGGCCCAGAGUUCUGCUCAGGAGACACCCUCCUGUGGAAGGUUAUGUGGAGGUAGGACCUGGGGCAAGAAGAACUCAGAGGCAUUACUUUCUCCAUGUGGAAGCGGUGAACAGGGAAAGGCAUGACAGCCCUUGAGGGCCACCCAGUGCAGCCUCCAGCCCUGUGCAGAGCCACCUGGCCUGCUUCCU